AUGUCUACAUCAUUACAAACAACAUCUUAUGAACGCGAUGAUGUUCGUUGGAAUCCAAAAGGGUACUAUGAACGAUAUGAUGGUCGAAAAUAUUGGAGAAAAUUAUGUGUAGUAGAAAAUUGUUCAAAACGUGCAAAAACAUUAUCAUGGUGUAAACGACAUUAUACCGAAGAAAAACAAAAACAAGAAAGAGGUGAAGGUGAUCCAAAUAUAUGUUUAGAACCACAACGUCGACAAUCAAAACAUAAUUAUCAACGUUAUGAUAUUCGAAUUAAUAAAAAAGGUAUUCGUGAACAAUUUGAUGGUAAAGAUCAUUGGCGAGAAUUAUGUUUAAUACCAACGUGUACAAAACGAGCAAAAAAGUUAGCAUUUUGUAAACGUCAUUUUACUGAACAAAUUAAACAAGAAACAAAUUAA